GGGAGGGAGGAGGGAGGAGUUACUCAAGUUUGAACAUAUCAUGUGUGCUGGUAGAAAGUUGCGAGGAAUGUCGAAACUACAGCCUGGCUCAACCUGUGGAGCUCAAAGGAGACAUGGCAGCUGCUCCCUGUGCUCAGCAGGCCCCGGGAGAGGCAGAAAUGUAGGUGGCAGCUGCUGCCCUUGAAGGACUCGCACCCGUCCGACCCUGCACGGCGCCUGCGACUGCUACCAUGAUCUUCUGCAUGCUGCUGCUGGCCUCACUGCCUGAGCCCUCUGGCACAGAAGUCAACCCUGCUAUCUGCCGUUACCCUUUGGGAAUGCACGAGGGGACCAUAAGGGAUGAAGACAUCACUGCUUCCAGCCAGUGGUAUGAUUCCACAGGACCCCAGUAUGCACGGUUACAGAGGGAAGAGGGGGAUGGAGCCUGGUGCCCAGCAGGCUUGUUGCAACCAGAAGAUGUCCAGUUCCUUCAGAUCGACCUGCACAAGCUGUUUUUCAUCACCCUGAUUGGCACCCAGGGCCGUCAUGCCCGCGCCACGGGCAAGGAGUUCGCCCGCGCCUACCGGCUGGACUACAGCCGGAACGGGGAGCGCUGGAUCUCCUGGAAGGACCGCCAGGGCAGGAAGGUGAUCCAAGGCAACAUCGACACCUACGACGUGGUGUUGAAAGAUCUGCGGCCGCCCAUCAUCGCACGGUUCAUCCGCGUGAUCCCCGUCACGGAGAUGCCCAUGACUGUCUGCAUGAGGGUGGAGCUCUAUGGCUGUGUCUGGUAUGAUGGUUUGGCAUCCUAUAGCAUCCCUGAAGGAGGGACAAUAGCGGCUCCUGGCUUCCCCAUCGUUUAUCUGAAUGACUCGACCUAUGAUGGAUACCAGGAGCGCAGGCACCUGUAUGGGGGGCUGGGCCAGCUCACAGAUGGUGUGCUGGGCCUGGAUGACUUCACCCAGAGCCACCAGUACCGUGUGUGGCCAGGCUAUGACUACGUGGGCUGGAAGAACGAGAGCUUCAGCACGGGCGCCGUGGAGAUGGAGUUCCAGUUCGACCGACCACGGAACUUCACCUCCAUGAAGGUGCACUGUAACAACAUGUUUUCCAAGGGGGUGAAGAUUUUCCAGAGGGUGGAGUGCCUGUUCAAACCACGCCUGAUUGCAGACUGGGAGCCUGAGCCUGUGGGGGUGGCCACAGUCCUGGAUGACAAGAACCCCAGCGCCAGGUUCGUCACCGUCCCCCUGAACCAGCGCGUGGGCAAAGCCAUCCUGUGCCGCUUCUACUUCGCUGACACCUGGAUGAUGAUGAGCGAGAUCUCCUUCCAGUCAGACAUGGAGAGUGUGAAUCCCAGUUUUGUCACGGCAGCGACAAUCACGACGGAUCUGCUGGAAACAGAGUACAACGUUACUGAGGGCACCUGGGAAACCACAUCUUCUGUAACCAGCACCUGGAUAGGCGAGAAGGCAGAUGACUCCAAUACCUCCAUCCUCGUGGGCUGCCUUGUGGCUAUUAUUCUGCUGCUCCUGAUGAUUAUAAUCAUCAUUCUUUGGAAGCAAUAUGUUCAGAAAAGGCUGGAGAAGGCCCCACGUCGAAUCCUGGAGGAGGAUGCCACCGUUCGCCUCUCCUUCUACAGCUACACCAUCGCAAACAACCAGACCCAGAUCCACCAGUCAAAUCCCACCUAUGAACGGGCCUUCCCGCUGGAUCUGGAGUAUCACCAGCCAGCUACUCUACUCCAAAAGCUCCCAGAGCUCUCCCAGAGUGCAGAGGAUUCAGUGUGCAGCGGGGACUACGCUGAGCCCGACCUGACCAAGUCCACCCCUCACCAAGGCUUCCAGAACAACGUCCCUCACUACGCCGAGACCGACAUCGUGCACCUGCAGGGCGUGACCGGCAACAACAUGUACGCCGUGCCCGCCCUCACCGUGGACUCCCUCACCAAGAAGGACAUCUCCGUGGGGGAGUUCCCUCGGCAGCAGCUGCGCCUCAAGGAGAAGCUGGGAGAGGGGCAGUUUGGAGAGGUGCACCUUUGUGAAGCUGAUGGCCUGCUGGAAUUCCUGGGAGUCUCGUCCUCAGAAUUCACUCACCAGCCAGUUCUCGUAGCAGUGAAGAUGCUGAGAUCAGAUGUCAACAAAACAGCCAGGAACGAUUUCCUGAAGGAGAUCAAGAUCAUGUCACGGCUGAAGAACCCCAACAUCAUCCGGCUGCUGGGGGUGUGUGUGCGUGAUGACCCCCUGUGCAUGAUUACAGAGUACAUGGAGAACGGGGACCUCAACCAGUUCCUGUCACAGAGGGAGAUCUACAGCAAAUUUGCCAUUUCAAACAAUAUUCCCUGUGUCAGCCACUCCAACCUGCUGUACAUGGCCACCCAGAUCGCCUCUGGCAUGAAGUACUUGGCAUCCCUGAACUUUGUGCACAGGGAUCUGGCAACUCGCAACUGCCUGGUGGGGAACAACUACACCAUCAAGAUCGCAGACUUUGGCAUGAGCAGGAACCUCUACAGUGGGGAUUACUACAGGAUCCAGGGGAGAGCUGUGCUGCCCAUUCGCUGGAUGGCCUGGGAAAGCAUCCUCCUGGGCAAGUUCACCACGGCCAGCGACGUGUGGGCCUUUGGGGUGACCCUGUGGGAGAUGUUUGUGCUGUGCAAGGAGCAGCCCUACAGCCUCCUCUCGGAUGAGCAGGUCAUCGAGAACACGGGGGAGUUCUUCAGGAGCCAGGGCAGGCAGCUGUCACGAUGCUUAGAAAGCCUCAUGGGUUGUCUACGAUCUAUCUCUCCCAGACUCCUCUGUGCCCUAACCCUGUGUUCGACCUGAUGCUGAAGUGCUGGAGCAGGGAUAUCAAAGAUCGUCCCACUUUUGACAUGAUCCACCACUUCCUGCUAGAACAAUUGGAAUCAAACAUUUGACUCCGGAAAGAGAGGCAAACUGUCGAGAACAGAGUGACUUUUGGGGUCUCUUUGCCUGUUGCUCACAGCAGAUGGCCAGGCCACCUCGCUCCCCUCCCCGACUGGGCCCUAUUUAAGUUGAGACGUCCAUGGCAGCUGCUCGUUCUAUUGGCCAUGGUCUGACACACAGGACCAGAGGAUCUCAUUUGGUUGAAAAAUCAUCUCCUCUUCUGAAUCAUUUCCUGGGAAUACUGUGAGAGGGGGUUUUAUUGGAUACUUCAGGCGAAAGGAAUGAGUAAAACUCGGAGGGACUUGGAGCUCUCUCCUGGCUGGAAGAGAAGGCGCCGGUCGGCGAGAGCCACUGGAGAACAGGUUUCUGGAAGGAAAGACUCGAGCCUUCUAGAGCUAUUCCAUUAAAUCAGAUGGAAGUCUUGUGCACAUUAGCAAGUGUUUCUGUGUGCUCUCACUGCACACGGCAGUGAGAGGCCGGAAACGUCUGGAGCUGGGAAAUGGUUUAACGGACUCGGGAACUGACGGAGCAUUUUAGCAACCCUUUGGGAUUGUAGACACUGCCAGGGUCUACAGAGGAUGCUGAAACAAGAGUCCAAGAUGAUGUUCUGUUUUCCUGUGGUUGUUAAGCACUGCUUUGGUUAUAUAUGUGCGUUUUUCCCCACACUGGAUUUUUUUUUUUUUUUCUAGAAAAAAAAAUAAUUUUGAAAAUGAAUGUUUAAAGGGUCACGGGAAGGUCCCUGCGGUAGAAGAUCUUCCCCUGACCUACAAAUUAAGGCUAGGUAGGGAGUUUGUAUUGAGAAGUAGCUGAUACUGUACUACUGUCACUAUGUAGAUUUAUUAACCUAAUGAACUUGUAGCCACAAUGGACUGAUGUGCAAUUAAUCCUGUAUAAUUACCCAUCAAUAUGAGAUCUCUAAGUCAAUGCUGUUACGUGUGAGAGGGAACUCAGAUUUGGUGAAACCGGGGUGGCUGAGAGCAGAGCCCUCUUUGUCACUUGUCACAGCUCACGGGGGAGGGGCGGGAGCGGCACACGGGGCGCCCUGGCACA